AAUCCCCAGAACUGGAGCCUCGGCAAGAAGCUAUUGGUCAGCUCGCUUACCUGGCUUUUGACCUUUGCCAUAUACAUUGGCUCAGCCAUCUACAGCCCCGGUAUCCCGGGGGUAGCGGGUGAGUUUGGGGUGAGUACUGUGGCCUCGACAUUAGGCCUAACGCUGUUUGUGCUGGUGUAUGGUAUCGGACCCAUGAUCUGGUCGCCUCUUUCCGAGCUUCCGACAGUCGGCAGAAGCCCUAUCUACCUCUUCACGCUUCUCGCGUUUGUCAUGCUGAACCUCGGCGUUCUCUACGCCAAGAACUUUGGCAUGCUCUUCGCAUUUCGCUUCCUUACUGGGUUUAUUGGAUCCCCAGCCCUGGCGACGGGCGGCGCAUCUAUGGGCGAUAUCUGGACCCCCCGAGUAGGAUGA